CUUCUUUAAAAUAAAAGACACAGAAGAUGGUUUCGGGUCAAUUAUCUACAUUGUUGGUGGACUGGACAACAGCAGUAACAGAACUAGACCUUGUUCAAGUGAAAUACCUAUUAGAAAAAGAACCUGAACUUUUAUGGACUCCCAUUCCCCACAUCAUUGAUGAUCAUCUUCAACGCCAUUUACUUCAUCUCAAUAAACUAGGCUCGACAUUUCAACCAGUCAAUGCAAUUCAGUUUACAUGUCUAUUUAACCAAGAUCGGAAUGAAGCACAACAACGACUGGAUCUUGUGUCUUAUUUAAUUGAGCAAUCCUCCGUGUAUGACUUGGAUACUCGUUUUUGGGGUGAAUGUAACAAUACCACACUGCAUCUGGUUUGCUUUUUAGGAGAUGCACCAAUGGUAGACUUAUUGAUCCAAAAAGGUGUCUCGUUAACGCCGACCAAUGAAAUGGGCUAUUUACCACGCGAUGUCACUACGGUGCCUGGUAUUCUAGAUCAACUCAAAAAAUCCAGCGAUCUAGCUCGACAGAAAUCAUCCGUGCGGCCCAACUAUAGUACACCGGAUCGUUUCAAACUCCUAAGAGAAUUAGCAGAAGAGACAACUCAGACUGUCAAAAAACCAUUGCAUAUCACCAUGGACCGAAAGAAAUCAGAAGGCCAUUAUUUCAAAAAGGGAAAAGUCAAAGAGACACAACAAAAGGUCUUGACAGAAGAAGAAGUCGAGUUGGAAAAACAAAGACAGAAGCGACGGUUGGAAGUUGCUCAGCUUGCUAAAAAGUCUGCGGUUAAAAACAAUCCAUUAUUUAAGAAAUUAGAAAAACGUGCUUAUCCUGCUCCAGCCAGAAAGGCAAUAGUAAAUGCAAUGGAGACUAAACAACAACCACAACAACCACAACAAAAACAAGGACAAGAACAAGAACAAGAACAAGAACAAGAACAAGAAGAACAAAAACAAGGACAAGAACAAGGACAAGAACAAGAAGAACAAGAGCAAGAACAAGAAGAACAAGAACAAGAACAAGAACAAGAACAAGAACAAGAACAAGAGCAAGAACAAGAGCAAGAACAAGAAGGAGAAGAAAUUGCUACGAAACGUAAUUCAAGAACCAUGUCUUCAUUGGUGACAAAAUCAUAUGUUUCUUCAAGUAUUUUUGUUCAAGCAGAUGAAGAUAUACCCCAAACAAGACGAUUUUCAAGGGCUGUCAUUCAGAAUGAAUCUUCUUGUGCUACUAUGAAUAUUGAUGAAGCACAGGGUAUUAUUACAUUUACAACUGAAGAAGAAGUUGAUCAUGAAUCACUGCAUAGUGACCAUGAAUCACUGCAUAGUGACCAUGAAUCACUGCAUAGUGACCAUGAAUCACUGCAUAGUAACCAUGAAUCACUUCAAAGCCAAGCCAAGUCUGUGCACAGUGAUGAUCAUGAUAAAGCAUCCAUAUACUCUCAAGAAGAUAUGGUCGAAUCAUUAAAAAUAAGCGAACCCAAUGUAUAUUACACAUUGGCACUAGAAAACGACAAAUAUUUCUCAACAGGCAAGACAAUGGAUCAAACAACAGAAGAAGAAGAAGAAGAAUCAGAUGAAGAAGAUGAAGAAGAAGAAGAAGAAGCGAUACCAGUUCAAUUGGCUACGCGCCUUGUUUCCCCUGUCUAUCAGCCAGUCACUAUGGUGAAAGAACAAGAAUAUCCCCAGACAAUUGUAAUUAAUAACAAAGAUGAUGUGGAACCACCUGUGCGACCCCAACGAUCUGAUCUCCGCGCAGCAGAUGAAGGCAAUAAAAAGCGCAUGAGUGGAAGCCAAAAGGCUGCUUGGACCAUGAGUAUGAGUUCAUGGGCAGCUAUUCUUGAUCGAGAAUUCAACCUUGACGAAUUAGACCCUGAUAAAAAAUACAAAGAACAACAGCGUAUUGCACAAGAACAACUACAAAGAGAGCAACAACUCGAGAAAGAGCAACAACUCGAGAAAGAGCAACAACUCGAGAAAGAGCAACAACUCGAGAAAGAACAACAACAGCUACAGACAUUUCCGAACUAUAGAGCAAGCAGUAAAUUAGAAUUAGAUCAAGAUAAUCAUUUAUUUCAUCAACCGCCGAAUAGAACAUCAAGCUUACUUGGCCUUGUCAGUAACACAAGUAGUCUAUCACUCACUUCAACACUCAACUCAUCUCGACUCUCCCUUAAUAAACCAACACUUGUCACACCCCAAAUAGAACCAUUGCCCAAGUCGAUCCGUCGUAAGCCAAUCAGCACUCUCCUUUCCCCUUCAGACGAGACCUUGUUAUCCCGUCUUUCUUCUUCCCUUGCCAAUCUCGCUCCUUAUUCAAAUCAAGGUAAACUCUAUUUACACGUCAAUGGCAUUCAAGACAUUCUAUUGCCUUUGCCUAAAGAACGUGCCUAUGUACGCUGUGUUGUCAGUGAUGGUCGGUUUGAAUACAUGUCUCGGUAUGAAAUCCUAUCUCAAAAUAUUGUGUUUGAUUAUGAGUGUGUGAUUGACACCCACCCAGACAUGAUUAUCACUAUUUCAUUGCAUGUUCGCCCUGACUAUGUGAUGAAAUCAAGACUACCCUUUUCUCGGUUGUUUUCAUCAAAAAAGAAAAAGAAAGAAUGCUUAUCGGGUUAUGUACAUAAAGAAGACGGUGCUAUUGGACAAGCGAGGUUUGCAUUAGCCCAUAUGAUGCCUGUUUGUUUAGAGACAUCCUAUGUGGCAGGGUUUCAUUGUUUCAAUGCAUGGUAUUCAAGGUCAUUUAAAGAACGACAUCGACAGAAAAAGAGAGCAGAUCCAGAUCAAGAUGUACUUAAAGUAGUUGGUAAUUUUGAUGUAGAAAUGCUCUAUUUACCAAUAACCGAUACCUCCAAGCCUUUUCCUCGAAAUUUACGUGAAUGCGAUCAAGCCAUCAAACAACUGCACCAGUCUGUUGCAAAUAAGCAAUAAUAAUAAUAAUAAUAAUUUAUUUUAAAAUCAUUAAAAAAAAA